UUUUAUUUCUUUUCUUCCCAUUUCGGAUUCUCUUCAAAAAAAAAAAAACUUUCAUGGAGAAGAAUAAUGAGAAGGAAACACACGAUUUCAUGAACGUGGAAUCCUUCUCUCAGAUUCCCUUCAUCCGCCCUUCCCCCAUUAAAGAAAAGGGUAUCCGUUUGUUCGGCAAGGAAUUCGGAGGCCGCGACUGUGUUGACUCGGCCACCGUCACCGAUUCAGAGCCAGACUCAGCUCAUAACAACAAAGACAAGACCAAGGAAAACGAGAAUGAAGAUAAUAACAAUAGUAUCAGCAGAAGAUUUGAGUGUCACUAUUGUUGCAGAAACUUCCCCACUUCCCAAGCAUUAGGCGGUCACCAAAACGCUCACAGAAGGGAACGCCAACACGCGAAACGAUAUCAUCUAACCCUGCAACGCAGUUCUUCAUCUCACGAUCAUGCUCAUAAUAUUUAUGGGUUCUUCAACUAUAAGCUAGCCUCAGCUCCAUCGCCUUCAAUGGCGGCUUACCCUUCGUGGAACAAUAGCAUUAACAGUAGUGUUAAUAGCAGCAACGGUAGGUUUUAUGAGAACCACAGUUCGUUUUCUCAGCCACAGCUCAUCAAUGGCACCCCACUGGGGUUAUGGAGAAUCCCGGCUUCUACAGUUCAAAGUGGCGCGUGUAAUUUCAAUUGUGCCCGUUCAUCGACCCAUCCUCUGCCAUUUUUCGCUGGCGAUGAGUUGAAGCAGCCAUCGCAGGUGGUGGUCAAUGGUUCGAGUUCCCAGAGUCGUCGGUAUUCGAGUUCCCAGAGUCGUCGGUACGUUUAUGAAUCGAAACCUAACGUUAAUGAUCAUGUUAGCUUGGAUCUACAUUUGUAAUGAUCAUUUCGUAAUAGCUUCCAUCUUCUCCUUAUCUUUUUUUUAACAUCUCAGAUUUUAC